UAUAAUUAUGUACUGUAUGGUAGUAUACCACGGUGCUGCAUAAUAAUUCCUGUAAUGCUACAGCACCAUAUUAAAAAGUGAAGGGACCACCAUACUGUGCCAUUGACAAGGAAGUAAAGCGGAAUGUAAGAUUUGAGUGAAGAGGUCUGGGUCAUUGUUUUUAUUUUAGACAGGGAUAAAGGCUAAAGUAAAAGAGUACCAGAGAAGUAUCGGUCGUGGCACAUAAAGGAAAUGAGUAAGAGGUUUUUUUUGUACGUAAACCAACAUCAAAGAGAUAAGAAGGACAGACAGGAAGAAACUACCAGAAACAUGUGAGCGAGUGCGCGGCUCCAUGUGCAACAAUCAUGACUAAAGCGGCUCUCAUGAAACUGUUCACUGCCAUACUGAUUGUGUUUAUUAUAUGUCUCCCAGAGUUCUUUAACACAUUUGAAGGGAACACUCACAAAGUGCUACUGUAUUGCACCAGCAUAUGCUCACCUCCCCAUGAUUCACAACAGAUCACUUUAUUAAACAUGUCCCUCCCUUGGGUCUUACAAGAAGAAAGGUCCUUUUUAAAACUCUUCACAAAUGAUUCAAUAUAUAGCAGCGAUGCUGGGAGAAGGUUCUGUGAGCAUGCAUUGAACAGAACAGAGAGCACCUCGGGCUGGUUUGUGUGUGGGUCUAACAAUGAUGUGGAUGAAGUCUACCAGAAUAUCUCGUCAUCAGGAUCAGAAGUGAAGACAUAUUUGGAGAUAGCAGGGACAGUGCAGAACGUGCUCAUCUCACAGUAUCUGAACGUCAGUUUACGUCACAGCUCUGGAACUGGACAGAAGACUUUCUUUUUUCUAAUGGAAGCACACACUCCUAAUGUGUCCGAGCCUUCCACUGUAAACUAUAGCUACAACAUCAGCCUUAUUAGCACCUAUAGCGAAAGAGCACACUUAGACGAGAAAGCCAGUGACAUGAAUUUUACCAUUCAGUGGACAACGAAUGCGAAAGAUGGGUCAUGUUCCGGGUUCCAGCUUCGAGUCAUUUGGUUAACAUUAAUUUUAAUUGUGAUGCUGCUGGUAAUUACAGCUGUUUUAUUCAUGCUGCUAUUGAAAAAUCAAAGAUGGCAUGUUUGUAAUCGUCGAAGACACACUUCUGAAACAAACAUUGCUGUUUAUAACAGCUUUCAGUAUCCAUUGUAUGAAAAUGUGAUGCCUGAACACUCUGCUGCAUACCAAAAUACUCCUGCUACGUAUAUCAACAUUCCAGUUGAUACAGGGCGGCGCUUUGAUCGUAGAGCCCAACAGAAAACUAUAUACACUGAGCUUAAAUACAAUGUAAUAAAUGCACCAAGUUCUGGACAAUGCAGGCUUCCACCAAUUCCUGAAAUUAUGUGUCAAGCUCCGAAAUAACCCAACAAGCUCAUGAACAGAGCACAUUUGCAUUCUGCCUAAAACAACAACUUGAAAAACUCCAAGGGUUCCAGGAAGUAACAGUAUAUGUAUUAUACAUUAUUACUUGUUGAUUUACUUGUGUCUUUGUACAGCCUUCAUAUACACAUUUAUACUGUAUUUAAAAGAGAGGGCAUCAAUAUUAUCAUACGGUUGGUGUUUGGAAGAAAUACCUGCAAAUCUAGACCCUUUUAAUGUUAUUUAAGAUAUUAUUAAAGAAUGUAUUUAUGACAUUAAUAUCCAUCAUUAGAUUAUGUACUGUACUGUAUGUGGUAUGGUACAGUAUAUGAUAGACAUUGUGAAUCAGUGUUAUGUAUAUAAGGAUUUUGACAUGUGUGAAUGAUGUGUUUACUGUACCUGACUAAACUUUCAACAUUAAAGAUUAAUCUUUCAUGCUUGUAUUUCUUUGUUUUUCAUAAAAACACACAAUUUAAUGUUAAGAGUUUCUGGUUGUAUACUGUAGUUUAGAAAUCGAGUCGCCAGUUGAAUACAUCCUUUUUUAAAAGAGAGUGGUGGAGAACACGAAAUGAUCCUGAACAAAUGAGUUGAGGCUUGAAACAAAAAAUAAUAGAUGGUGUUAGUCCCAGGGCAAUUUAAGUAAAGACACAUUAGCACAAAUGUACAAUCUCUGACUUAAUACAUUAUAAAGGUAAUGCUAGGGUAUUCCUAUUAAUUCAUACAAGAUUCAAACAGAAUUAAGACUCUAUUCUACUGACUUGUUUUAUGUUACAGUGGUGAUCCAGCUGUCAAUACAGUAUUCAAUGUUAAUGCAAUUUGUAUUUUCAGAUCACGACUGAAACUAAACUAAUGGUACAUCUUUAAUUGUUGCUGUCUCAAUCUAGCAAGCAUUCAAUUUUUUUUUUUUGCUUCAGCCAAUAUAACAAUAACCAAAGCAUGGGCCUACUUACAGUAUGUACACCAAAUGUAAAUUGCAUAAAGAAUGUAAACGUAUUUGAGGAGAAACAAAACUCAAAACCGGUUCCAACACAAAGAUCCAAGGACAUUGCUGUGCGGACAACAUAUGAGGCCUGUAGAGGGUGCGACUCCUAUCUGUUUUCCGCUCCCUCUUUGUGUAUACUCCAGUAAUUCAGCAGUCAUUAUAAAAGUUGUACUGCAUCACAGUGGACGUAUGGGCUAAUUACAUGUGUUGUCGCUGGAUGCCUAUGCAAAUUAUUUUAAAAGAUGCUGAAACAUUUUCAGAAAGUGCACAGAAAGGUGACAUUCCUUUUUAUAUGAAGAGUGUUGUGUCAGUUUUAAUAAUGUCGAAACAACACUUGAAUAAGCUAUUGCUUCCCAGAGGCAAAACCUUCUCCUUAUUCAUUCGAGUUUAGAUUUUUUUUUUUUUUGUACAUUUUUCAAAGGUUGAAUUAUCUGCCAAAUGACUCAGAAUAAAUUACAAAAUAGAAAAACAUUCGCAAAUGCUGAGAUUCGGAGGUGAGCUGAAGGCACUCACACUAGGAAUAGUACCUGACCAGCUGCCAGUGAGCUUGCAGUAUUGUCCUGCUCACAGACAGUGGUCAUUCCUCAAGAAGACUGU